GCAUCAACCACACGACAGGAAAGCCUAUGUCAUUGUUUGCGAUAACGCGUCGCUACUCUGGCCCCGAUGCUGGCAAAUGGUUACGCCACCUGCAUCGGACUAUGCCACCCGAAGCCCUGCCGCCAGAAAUCUGGAUGAUGAUCAUUCUCAGGCUAGACGACCAUUGCUUUGCUUGGUUCAUCUUAAGACGAGUAUCGUCAUUCUUUCGACAAGUUACCGAGAACGUCUUCGCACAGAGAAUCAUCCGGGACUUUGCAAUCCGCUUUGCGGGUGAUUAUGCCCGGACAAUCAUAGUUCACAGCCUGCUGAACGAAGAGCAAAAACGGGAAUGCGGCGCAAAGAGCCACUUGAAUCUUUUGUUCGGCACGCAGACGCCCACCUUCUUUUUCGAGGCCACAAGAUUCACCCCCCCCGACACCAAGGAGAGGGCUGUCCUUCAGCUUCAAGAACAACCGUCCGCAUACGAGAGCUCUUUCUUUAUGGUCGAUAUCAAGGAGGGUCCAACUCAUAGGAAGUAUUCACUGCCGUUCUAUUUGCGUCGAAAGUGCUGCAAGUGCACCCCUCCAAUAGAAUCAACUCUGGACCUAGAGUAUUGCAAUUGUCUCUCCGAUAUCUUUUUUGCUCAGACGAGAGAAGACCGUACCCGCCUCGCAACAUCAUCGCACUUUGUACGAUUUAGCAAGGAACUGAGAAGCUCGAAACUCCCGGCCAUCGAAUUAGACGUCGAAAAUCGAGAACUGUCGUUUGACUGGCGAUCACUAUGUCAGAGGUUCUACUACGAUGAGCUUCAAACUCGCCGGACGAUGAGACCUUGGCUUCGAGAGCUCUCCCCAAAGCAGAGAGCUUACCUGCUCGACAUUGGGCAGAAAUAUCUAAAUGGCCCCUCUUCUCAUGCUGUUUAUGUCAAGGUUAUGGAAGGGAGGAAUGUUGUCAAUGGUCCGGAGCUUCAAGAAGCCUGCCAACGAGAUGGAUGGAUUUUCUGGGAUGUUGAGGGUGAGCCUGAGAAUCUAACUAGCUGAGCGAUCUUUUGGGGAAUAUUGAUCACCUAACACAUUUUGACCUCGCGGUGGGACUGGAGGGGACUAGCAGUGACCACCUAAUACCCUAAGGAGGCAAGAAGAUGAACGCCAUGAGGCAGUCCUUUGUGUGAGAAGGUCAGUAAUUGAUCUGUGGGAUAUUUUCGAGGGGUUGAAG